CUCGUUUGGAUCACACAGUUUAAUGAAUAUCUGUAGUCUAUGACAUAUACCCCGCCUCAAGAUGUCUGUGAAUCUUCUGCUGAUAUUCAUUCUUGGGAUCAAGCAAACAGUUGCCAAAGAAGAUCACGUGGCUCAAUCGCUUGGUGUCCGCACACAACCCACUGAUCUACAAGACGUUACGGAUUUAGAAUUCAGCAAAACAAGACAGGGCAGGAUUAACGAUCGUGACGCUGCUGAUCUAACCGAAGGAAAUGAAGCGAACGAAAACAAUCAAUCGUGUUUCAUGAGUGUAGCCAACUACAGUGCAUGGUUCUUUAAAGGUCAUCUGGAAAUAAAUGAACCUAGCUUUGUCCAGUUUAAAAUUGCUUUUGAAUUUGAAAACAUGAAUACCCCAGUGAAACCUGAGUACAUGGAAAACGCAAUAGAACCAUAUAAAUGGGUUUGGACAUUCAAAUCUCCAAAAAACUCGUUUCCGUAUCUGAAAUAUCAAAGCGAUUUUGAUAUUUUGUCAUUUGGUCUGCUAGACGCGAAGACGACAAGGACAAACUUAACUUUAUACGUUACUGUUGCGGAUUCGACAUGUCUGUUAAAGUUAUGGGACCAAACAACGCUCGAAAGUCUCGGCGCCGCUUUGCUCAACUUGACAGUGGAUUAUUUGUCUAAACUGAACAAGUUCUACGCAUUUUCAUACUUUUGUUACUUCUCUGAAAAUCCUGGUAUAAGAGAGACACUCGGAUACCGUUAAUCAAUUUAUUUGGGUUACCCAAUUGAGUUUGAACGAUACAAGUGUUGUUACACUUUUCUGGAUACCAAACUUCAGAUGAAAUGCUCUAAUCCACCGAUCGAGAGACUGAAAGAAGCCAGCCAAGCACCAUUUGCCCUCGGACUGCUUGCAUUUGCUUACUUUCCAAUUCUUCUGUUUUUGAUUGGAGGUAAACUUUUGGCGAUAAAUAGAAAAUAUGGCCGUCAAAAUAUUCCUCUACAAGAUGUAUCCACGUCCAGCUACGUCGCUAUUGACCAGUCGUAUGAUAACUAUGUGUACUUGAACGACGAAUAUCCUAUCAGUUUGUUUGCAAUUAUUUGCGGUUUAUUUGGUCUGGCUCAGAAGUUUCCUCUGGCCGUUUCACGCCUUCGCAGAGCUUUGUUCACAUUGUUAACCCCAUCCGUUAUCUUAAUUCGGAUAUAUAUUUAUUACAUAUUUACUUAUGAACAUACAAUGGUGCUUUUGAACAAAAACUGUCCAAUGUCCUACCUUUCAAUGAUUGGGGGAUUCGAGAAAAGCUUGAAGAACUUUGUGCCUCAAUUCGGGGGACCUUAUUGCUUAUUUGCCGGAUUUUAUUUUGCAAGUGUGGUUUUUCUCAUACUUCCUACAUCUCCAGAUAAAAUCGUUCAAGCUGGAACAUACAGGUACACGACUUUUGGUGAAAUUUCACCACUGUUUUUAAAUAUAGAAACAAUAGAACAGCUUAGUCCAUACUCUGUGAGACAUACCGUCGGAUACAGCCGUGUUUCACUUCUUAGUUUAUCGAUGUUCUACAUGGUUGCCAACCCAACAUUUUGGUCCUACGCCUUUCAUAUACAAAUAAGACGAGUACGAGGUAGUGUUGGCCAGCACCGAGGAAUAUGCAUAUUAAAAGUAUUGUUCUUGCCCCUGUACAUAGUCGUUUGCACUGCCGAACUUGUAUUAUGCAUUUUCUAUUAUGCAUUUUCUAUUGUAAAUGUUAUUGGCAUGGUUUUCGUUGGAUAUAGUGUCAAUCUUUUGAAUUUUCUGUUCAGUGCUCCAACAAGGAGAGUUGAAAACUCAUUUGCUUUUUCACUAUCAGAUAACAUUAUUCUUAAAGUAUUUUGUUGCACCAUUGUUGCUGUUUCGUUUCUUUACUAUGCUAUUAGCUUCUGCUCAAUGUUUCUUUCGACAUUAUUGUUCUUGUCCAGGUUGAUUUUAUUCAGCUUCCUAGCUGUAAUCACAUUUCCUGCAACUUCUUUCGGCUAUUUAUUUUUUGGUGUUGUGUUCCUAUAUUAUAUCGUCAAGAUGUGCCAAAAGUUUUCCGAUGGCUACUUUGAAUUGCUAGCUGAUGCAAUUGAAGCUAGUCAGCAGCUAGAAUCUGAAGUACAGAGGACAACAGUGAUUGAUGGCACUGUUGUUAUUGGUAUUGAAAAUCAUGUUGAAAUUACGAAAUUUCAAGUAGGUGACAGAACAAUUAAUUUGUCCACCGAUCAGCGUCGGGCCAUAAGGGAAGGAUCGCACUUUAAUCGAAGAAAACUUCACACUAAAGACCACUCACAUGGCAUUCCGAGGGACUUGUUUAAUCUUCUGGUAAGAACGUACAGACCCGUAUAUAAAGAAGUCACUAAGGCGUUCUUAAAGAUACUGUUCAUAUUGGUGUUGAUAGACAUCACGUUACACAUAGUUGUCGAGGACAACAAAGGACAAAGCGAGGAACUCUCUGAAGUUAUGCAUGUUGUGUUUAUCGUGGCGAUUGGAGCAUUGCCUAGAAUUCUUGAAGUUUCACUUGAUAAUGUGUUUGAAUCAAUUAAGAAAGACAAAGAAAUUAGGAAAAUUAAAUCUACAAUCAUAGAAUAUUGGGCAAACAACGUACCUGAAUUUUCAAUAGACUAGAGAGAAUUGGACGAGGUCUUCAAGCUGCACUCGCACAGAUAUACUAUUUUCACAACUUGUAUUGUCCUGGAAAGAGCAAAUUUGUGCGCAAAUAUCUGCAAACCAAUGAUAUAAGAUUGCUGACAAAAAAUCAGAUCGUAGAUUUUCAUAUUUCUGUUCAAAAAUUAAUGUUUUAUGGCUUAAACCGGUAGUAACGGUUUAAGAAAAAUGCACAAAACAUCAAUUUUUGAACUUAAAUAUAAAAAUAUGUGAUCUGCUUUAUUCCAGCAGCCUUAUAUAACUGGUUUCCAUGGAUUUUCGCAAAAAAUGGCUCGUUCCAAGACAAAAAAAAGUUGUCAAAACGUUCAAUCUGUGAGAGUGCAGCUUUAAAAGCAUUCCUUCAGUUUGUGUAUGUAAUUUUACUAAUGCUAUGCUAAUUCUUGUUACAAUUAAUGCAUUUUAUAUAGCUAUUCAUAAGAUAAAAACAUGUUUGUACAUUAAAACCGUUCGCUGCGAUCUUUUGCACUAUUCUAUUGUAACAAUACCUAAAUAAUUAGAACGCGUUAAUUUGCAUGAUUAUCUUUCUUACCAUUAUAACGCUUUUGAACACAGUUUUUAUUUGAACUUACUACAUGUAUAUAUGUAUACACAUAAUCAGUAAGGGUUAAGAAUCUGACAUAUUUACAAUAAUCGCUUCAGGUUUAGUUUUAUUUCUAAAAUGAUGUUCUUUAAAUCCCAUUUGUUCUUCAUUUUGUCUUAAAACAUUCUAAAGUUAACGUAAUGCCUUUCAUAGGACUUAGGGCUGCCAUGAACGGGUCAAUUCUGAAAGCCUGUAGCCUCAAACCAUUUGAAUAACUGUGUUACUGAUAUUCACGAGCAGAUGCUUGUGGUUAUAUUGUUUUUUUUUUAAAUUUUUUAAAAUCAACAUUUUUUUAAAUAACUGUAAACAGGUCAUAAUCAUAAGUAUUGGCGAUAGUCAGUCCGGCGCUGUAUAGCCACGGUCAUUCUGCCCUUUGUUAGCUUCGAACUUAGCCCAUACAAUAAAUUGUGAUAUGUAUCAAUUCAAUUCUUAACACGCAGUUGUGUUUAGUACCAAAUGUAAAAUUACAUGUACACUCACAUAUGCCACAUUCAUUUCAAUGAACAAAGAUCUACGCUAUGUUUUGUAAUUACUUUAAUAAUAUUUUAUGUACACAUACAAUUCUUUAUGUCAUUGUGCAACGAAUAUUUCAUUAAGGAGUGCCUGUUUUAUACAUGUAAUGUACUGCCAUUAUAUUCCGCUAUUUACAGCUUUCAGUUUCCCUGUUUAUCGUCACAUGUAUGGGGGCGGUUUACCCACCCAGAUGUUUUAUUACGGGAAACAUAACGUAACACUUGUCAAACAUAUUCUUGUUGACUUUGAUUUUAUUUUAUGGCAUUUUAAGUAAAUGCCCAUUAUCAAUCAAGGCAGUGUUUCUUGUAUUUUUUCCUACAAGCAUUACUAGU